GGCGGCCAGCACGGCAUCUUCGGCCCUGCCGCCGGCAGCCUGCACCACCCGCAUACGGACGCUCAGAGCCACCUCCUCUUCCCGGGCAUCCACGAUCAGCACGGCCCCCACGCCUCCCAAAACGUCCUCAACGGGCAGAUGCGCCUGGGCUUGCCGGGAGAAGUGUUCGCCCGGUCGGAUCAGUACCGCCAGGUCUCCAGCCCCAGGACUGACCCGUACUCGGCCGCUCAGCUGCACAACCAGUACGGCCCCAUGAAUAUGAAUAUGGGCAUGAACAUGGCAGCCCACCACCACCACCACCCAGGUGCCUUUUUCCGCUACAUGCGGCAGCAGUGCAUCAAGCAAGAGCUGAUCUGCAAGUGGAUCGACCCCGAGCAGCUGAACAACCCCAAAAAAAGUUGCAAUAAAACUUUCAGCACCAUGCAUGAGUUGGUCACCCACGUCUCGGUGGAGCACGUUGGGGGACCGGAGCAGAGCAACCAUGUCUGCUACUGGGAGGAGUGUCCCCGGGAAGGCAAACCCUUCAAAGCGAAAUACAAACUGGUCAAUCAUAUCCGAGUGCACACGGGAGAGAAACCCUUCCCCUGCCCCUUCCCUGGCUGCGGAAAAGUUUUCGCCAGAUCAGAAAACCUCAAAAUUCAUAAAAGGACGCACACAGCCAGGGAGAGGUUGAUGUUGGUCAGAUGUGUUCGGCCAGGGGCGGGCAGCCGCCGGGAGAUGCCACUCCGGGAGCGCUGUCCCGGUGCUGCGCCCCGUGGGCGCCGUCAGGGGCCCCACCGGGAGAGCCGUCCGUUUGGGGCUGGCUGGCAGGGGCUCACGGGCACACCGCACCCCGCCGUACCGGGACGCCCAAAGCGAGUGUCAGAGCAGCUGCGAAAUCGUGGAAAAAAAGCUCGGCCUUGCCAAGCCACCGAAAUACACCCUGCGAAGGGGCAGCGCUGUGAGCCGGACUCCGAGCGCCCUGCGGUGGCUGCGCUGCCUUCAGCGGCAGCUUGUCCCAGCAGGGACAGCCCUUUGCUCCUCACACCCCGCCGACCUCAUCACCACCAGCCGGGACGGUCCUCGGUUUCUCUUUUCCGAGCUUUUUCUCCCGUGUUCAAGUAA